CACUCAUGUUACUAUGUCUAUCAAGUGUUGCUUUCUCAACCUACUAAUUCAAUGGGAAUUAGGGGACACAGGGAAAGUGGUUAUUGGAGGGGUGUAUUUAUUGUCAAAAAGCAUUGCAAAAAUCAAGGGAAAAGAGAGAAAAAAAAAAUAAAAAUCCUUAUCAUCAAAUGUUGUUGACAGUUCAUAAAAUGAAAGAUUGAUGUUUUUUCUUGAUUUUAUAACUUUUUUUGGUUAAGUGCACAUAGUUAAUAGUUAUACUUAUCAUCAAAAUAUGCAUGCGAUGCAAGUGUAGAUAGUAACAAGUAAUGGAGUCACAAAAGAGUUUAGUCUCUUCCCUACACAAUAAUGCCUGCAGGAGCUAGUGCUUUAUUUCUUUUCUUGCACAUAUCUUUUUCUCUAUCACUCUUUGUUUUUUCUGCAAAGAAAACGUAAAGGAAACGCUUCUAUGCACCCUCAAAAUCAUAUUCAAAAUUCUCAACUUUUUAUUACUCAUAGAAUCUGCUUCUUCAAGCUAAGUAUUUUCUUUUUUCCUUUUUUCACUCACACCUCUCUCUUUACCAUUUUUCACUUUACUUUUGAAACUAAAUCUAGUUUAGAGUAAAGCAAUGAAGGAGAGAAACAAAGGUGUUGAAGCUUAUAGCAAUGACAUGGAUUGCUACUAUUCUACUUCUGAUUUUCUUCCAUGUAAGAAGCAUCCUUCUUCUUCUUCUUCUUCUUCUGGAGGAAUCUGUGCUUACUGUCUUAAAGAACGUUUGGUCAAGCUUGUGUGUUCAGAUUGUGGAGAACAAAGGCUUUCUUCUUGUUCUUGCUCUGAUGAGAUCACUUCGAAUCGAAAUUCAUGCUCUGUUGAGGUAGGAAGUGUUGGAAGAGUCUCAUUUCUUAUUGAGAAUGAAAAGAAUGAGACAAACCCAAAUCCAUUUCAGCAUUUGAAUUCUAAGGUCAAGAUGCAGGAGAAAGAAGAAGAAGAGGUUGUGGUGCUUAAGAGAAGUAGUAGCAGUUGUGUUGAUAUAAAAAGACAUGGUUUUUGGAGAAUUGGGAAGCUAUUUAGGAAGAAUAAGAAGAACAAGGAUUGUGGUAGAAGUGUUGGUGGGUUUGAUGAGAAGAAUGAGAUGUGGGUGGUUGAUCAUCAUGGAGGUGUGUCAAGAUCAAGAUCUCUGUGCAGUUUCAGGGGUGGAGCUAUAUUUGGAUCUGAAGAUGGUGGUGAUUCAGUUUUAUCAGGUGCUAGAAGCUCUAUUUCUGCAGCUAGAAGUUCAGGUGUGAAUGGUGGUUUGAUGUUAGAAUCAGGUAGGAGAAGUGGUUACAGUGAAGCUGAACCAAGAAGAAGUGAUUUCUUCUAUGAAUAUGAAAAUGGUAGAAAGAGUGGUGUAAUGGAAAUUGAUGGAAGCAGCUACAAUAGGCGUGUGUUUUCACUAAGAGAGAGUGAUUUUAAAGGCAUGGAUGAGUCUAGUUUUAUUGAUUUAAAGCUUGAUUAUUCAUCUGAAUUAAAAAUGGCAGAUACACUCUCAGCUUUUGGAAGCAUAAGAGGUGGAAAUUUCAUGACACAUGAUGCUGGUGGCGGUGGUGGUGGAGGUGAUGGAGGUUCAUGUAGGUUCACUAUGAAUGAAAGAGGAAUUAAGAGGGAAAGAAGAAAAAGUAUUAAGGGUUGGAGAUGGAUUUUCAAAUAUCAUUCAAGUUCAAGGAAAAGAGAUCAAGACCUUAUGUUCAAAACCUAAGAUCAUCGUGAGCUUAGAUCAGUUGAUUUGAACAAUGAAUAAUAUAUGUAAGAUUCGGGGUUCAAACACUGAUCACCACCGGAAAAGAAAACAAAACCUAAGAAAAUAUCACCAAAUACAUCUUCCUAUGUAACUUCAUUAGUCUUAGUCUCUGGUUUAAAUUGUUGUAGUUGCUCAUUAGACAUUUUAUCUUUUCUUAUCUACUAAUUAAUGUCACAUUUUCUUUCUUCAAUAAUCCUUAAUACAUAGAACUUCACAUUUCUUGGUAA